AUGAAAAUGAAUGAAAAAGAAAAACAAAGUUUUGAUGAACAGCCUAUUAGUGAAUUUGAUUUACAAAAAGUAUUAAAUAAAUUUAAUAUGAGUGAUUAUAAUGAAGAUUUUGUAAUAACAAAUAACAUUUUAAAGUAUCAUAUGAAAAGUAUAGAAGUUUAUAAUUAUGAGAAAAAUAAAAUAUAUGAUAAAAGUGAAUUAGAUUUAUAUAAAGAAAAAUUAAUAAAUAAAGAUAACGUUCAUUAUUAUCCAUAUGAAUUAUAUUUUAACACUUAUAAAAAUAUCUAUAAAGAAGAUAAAAUGCUAUUAAGUAUACCAAAUAAUAUUAAAAAAACUAAAGAAAAAGAAAAUGAUGAAAAAGAAGAAGAACAAGAAGAUAAAGAAAAAGAAGAUAAUGCAUCAAAUAUUUUUGAAGAAGAACAAGGUUCAGAAGAUGAUUAUAAUUUCGAUUACAACAAAAGUGAAGAUGAAUUAGACAAUGAUGAUAAUGAUGAAAAUGUUAUAUAA